AUGCCUACUCCAAACAUUCCACUCGCUCCUGUCCACAACGGAGAAUCCAUUCCUGCAGCUCAACCAGAUAAGAAGGCCACUCAUUUACGAUCGGGCCUGUUACCUUUGGUGCUAGUAGGCCCAGCAGCGGAACUCAACACGGAAACCCUCAAGCAUUAUCUCCACCCUGAAAUUAUCCAGCAACUAUACCAACUCGCGGAAGAGAGAGAGAAGGAUGGCACCGGGACUUCGGCGGACUUGCAGAUCAACGGCGACGAACCACAGAAAUUUAUUAUGGUCAACAAGGACGGCCACAUCGUCGAUGGCCCAUUCCCGCUGCCCUUCCGUAUCGAAGGCCGCACUGGCUCACUUGCAUCAAUUGAACAAGCAUCUAGCGUGUCCCUCAAGAAUGACUUGGCCCCCGUUGUUAUGGCCAACCCAUACCAAGGGCCCGAUGUACCGUUCACAGAGGCCGAACUUGACGAAGCAAUGGAAAUUCUUCUAGCCACCGGCCGUUACCGAGGUUUGUCGCCCACUCAGGAAAAUCAGCUGACUGAAAAGCUUCAAGAGGAACAUGGCUAUUCCUAUCCCAUCAAGAUGAAUUGGAUGGAUUAG